UCCAAGGGGAGGUAAAAGCACUGUCAUCUGUGUUAGUCCGGAUUCUCCCCGCUCACCAGGAUCUCCAUCCUAGUGCGGCACAAAGGCUGCCGGCAUUGUGAGCAGCUGAUUGCGGCCGAGACGGUCCGCCAUGGCUCGCGGCCCGCUGAGGUGCGCCGCGGUCCUGCUGCUGCUGCUGCAGCUGACCUCCCCGGCCGCCGGCAGAGCGACGUACACGAUCGUGGCGCCGAAGGUGCUGCGACCGAACCUGCCGUACAAUGUGGCCAUCACCAUCCUGGAAACCAACAAGCCGACCAAGGUCACCGUUCAGGUCGGCGGACGGCCUGACGCGGGCGGCAACGAGCUCAAGAGCAAGGACAUCGUCGUCCAGCCGGGCUUCACGUCCAUCCUGCAGUUCAAUAUUGGCGACCUGGGACCGGGCCAGUACAACAUAACGGCGGCCGGCCAGGGCGGCCUCAGCUUUCAGAACACGACGGCGCUCGAUUACGUCCACAAGUCGUACUCGGUGUUUAUCCAGACGGACAAGGCCGUCUACAAGCCGGGUGACUUGGUCAACUUCCGGGCGGUGGUGCUCAACCCCAGCCUGCGGCCACACACCGCCGGCAGCGUCAGCGCCUGGGUCACGGACGGAAAGGGGAACCGCAUUCAGCAGUGGGACCGCCAGUUCACCACCAACGGCGUGUUCACGAACUCGCUUCAGCUCUCCGACCAGCCGGUGCUCGGUGACUGGAACAUCACGAUCGACGUGCUGGGACAGACGACGAGCAAGCUGUUCGAGGUGGCGGAGUACGUGCUGCCGCGCUUCGAGGUGACGGUGGAGCUGCCUCCGUACGCCACAUUCGCCGACACCACAGUCACUGCCACCGUACACGCCAAGUACACUUACGGGAAGCCGGUCAGAGGGGAGGUCAUGGUGCGGGCGCACCCGGAGAUCAAGUCCUCCUACAUCCAGCCCAUCUUCCAGGACCCGGUCCGCAAGUCAUCCAGCAUCGACGGCAAGGCUGAUGUCUCCUUUGACCUCAAGGACGAGCUGGGACUGACGGAGGACUACGAGCGCGAGCUGGUGUUCGACGUGAUCGUGACGGAGGAGCUGACGGGCCGCGCACAGAACGCGUCCGCCUCCACCACCCUGCAUCGGCACAAGUACACGCUGCAGCUGGUCAAGACGGCAGAGAACUUCAAGCCCGGCCUGAAGUACACCGCCUUCCUCAAAGUGGCAACCCAGGACGACGUGCCGGUGCGGGGCGGCCGCGACAAGGUCAAGGUCAAGUACGGCUACUCGUACAACCACGAGGACUACACGGCCACCGAGUACGACGUGCCACCGAACGGGCUGAUCGAGCUGACGUUCUACCCGCCCGCCGACAACGUCACCCACGCCCUGGGUAUUGAGGCGGAGUACAAGGGCGUAAACCAGUGGUUCUCGACUGUGAACCGCGCACUGUCGCCGUCCAACACGUACAUCCAGGCGGUACUGGACACCGAGGAGCCGCGCGUCGGCCAGCAGGUGGUCGUGCACAUCAACUCGACGGUGCCCGUGUACCAGUACGUGUACGAAGUGCUGGGCCUGGGCCAGCUCCAGUUCGCUGAGACACUCAACGCCGGGGGCGCCAUGACGCAUCAGUUCAGGUUCACGGUGCGAAAGGACAUGGUACCCCGCACCAGGGUUGUUGUCUACCACAUCCUGCCGGAUGGCGAGGUGGUCGCCGACGCCCUCGACUUCGACGUGAUGGGAACCUUCCAGAACACGGUGGAAAUCGAGCUGGGUUCUUCCAAAGUUGAGCCCGGCCGGGAUGUGGAUAUCAAGAUCAAAACUCGCCCCGACUCCUACGUGUGUGUUCUGGGCGUCGACCAGGCCGUGACGGUCCUCAAGUCAGGCAACGACAUCAGCCAAGCGGACGUGUACGCCGAAAUGGAGAGCUACGACUCAGGCCGGCGGCCGGACGGCCUGCCUUUCCUGGAACGCCAGAAGCGGUCGCUAUUCUUCUGGCCCGGCACCUCCACGGCCACCCAGGUGUUCGAGGACUCGGGUGUGGUAAUGCUGACGAACGCCUACGUACAUGACAGCCUUCAUCUGAACGACGGCGAGGACGAGGAGCAGGUCGGUAAGCGCCCCAACUCGCGCCCAAUCCGCCCCCUGGUGUACCGCAACGAUAGCACCGCGCUGAGGCCCGACCGGGGACCGUCCAUCGAGUACAAGCCCAAGGCGCGACCGCCGCUGGCCGGGCCCUUCGCGUUUUUCACAAUCCCGCCACCCUUCUACCACCACCGAAGGGUCAACGUACUGCGCGACCCGCCCAACACGUGGAUCUUCAAGGACAUUCCGACGGCGGGCACUCUGGGCGAGGCGCGACUGAGGGAGCGCGCUCCCGACACCAUCACCUCCUGGAUGAUCUCCGCCUUCUCCGUGGACAACCUGUACGGGUUCGGCGUCAGCGAGAAACCGGCCAAGCUGCAAGUGUUCCGGCCGUUCUUCGUGUCGCUGAACCUGCCGUACUCUGUGAAGCGGGGCGAGGUGGUCGGCAUCCAGUGCGUCGUCUUCAACUACCACGACAGGAACAUGGUGGCAGAUGUCACGUUGGAGCACCAGGGUGACCUCCAGUUCACGAGCUUCUCUGACGAGGACGUCAACGAGGUGGAGUCGGAAAAGAAGGCCGGACCUCCAGAGCUCUUCAAGAAAAAGCAGGUCGUCGUGCCGAAGGGUGAAGGUGCCAGCGUGACGUUCAUGGUCAUCCCCCAAGCCCUGGGCCAUCUCGACAUCAAGGUCUCGGCCCGGACCAGCAUCGCAGGGGACGCGGUACAGCGGAAACUCCUGGUUAAGCCGGAGGGCGUGCCUCAGGUCAUCAACACGGCCAUGCUGGUGGACCUCCGGGACACCAACAAGUUCAACAGCUCCGUGGCCAUUAAGAUGCCACGCAGCUUUGUCAACGGCUCCAACUCGGUCGAGGUCUCCGUGGUCGGCGACAUAUUGGGCGGCAGCGUGGGAAACCUGGAGCGGCUGAUCCAGCUACCGUACGGCUGCGGCGAGCAGAACAUGCUGCGCUUCGUGCCCAACAUCGUGGCGCUCGACUACGUGACCGGGUCGGGUCAGGUGACAGCCGGCCUACAGGCACGCGCCGUCGCCAACAUGCGCACCGGCUACCAGCGCGAGCUGAGCUACCUGCGCUCCGACGGCAGCUUCUCGGCGUUCGGAGACCGCGACGAGAGCGGCAGCACCUGGCUGACGGCGUUCGUGGUGCGCUCAUUUGCCCAGGCGCGCGAGUAUAUCGACAUCGACAGCAACGUAAUGAAGCUGGCACUCAAGUUCCUUGCCGACAACCAGGCCUCUAACGGCUCCUUCCCCGAGGUGGGCCGGGUCAGCCACCAGCCGAUGCAGGGCGGCGCAGCUCGCGGGGUACCGCUUACCGCCUUCACCCUGCUGGCGUUCCUCGAGGCCGAGGAGGGCGCUCAGUUCGCGCAGAACACCAACAGCGCCAUCGACUACCUGGUGCGCAACAUCCCGACGGAUCCGUACGAGCUGGCGGUGGUGGCGUACGCGCUGGCCAAGGCUGACCACCCGGGCGCGCGCGGCGCGCUGGCCCGCCUCGACGCGCUCGCGCGGGAGGAGGACGACCUGCGCUGGUGGGAGAAGCCACUGGAGUCGGAGAAGAACACGUCCUACUGGUACGGCAAGCCCCGCCCACUCGACAUCGAGAUGACGUCAUAUGCGCUGCUGACGUACAUCGAGCGCGGCCGGCGAGCUGAGGCGCUGCCCGUGCUCCGCUGGCUCAUGCUGCGGCGCAACGCCAUGGGCGGCUUCCAGAGCACGCAGGACACGGCGGUGGGCAUGGCGGCGCUGGCGGCGGCGGCGAACGUCCUUCAGUCGGAGGACACGGACGUCUCCGUCCGCUUCAUCUUCGGCCCGCGCGGCAAGAACAUGCGCGUGACGCGGGCCAACGCCCUGGUCACGCAGAAGUACGAGUUACCUGAGCCGAACGUGGAAGACAUCGAGAUCAGCGCGACGGGCUCCGGCCUGGCCGUCGUCCAGGUCACGCACCGCUACAACGUCGAGGUCACGGGCCCCGACCCCAGCUUCUUCCUGGACCCCAAGCUGGACGCGCUCAGCAACUCGCGGCACAUCAAAGUCAGCGCCUGCACGGGCUGGGAGGGCGACGGGGAGUCCAGCAACAUGGCCAUCAUGGAGAUCGAGCUGCCGUCCGGCUUCACCGUCGACGAACAGUCGAUCCCUGGCCUGUACAAGUACCGCAGCGUGAAGCGCGUGGAGACGGUGGAGGGCGACACCAAGGUUAUCAUCUACUUUGACGAGAUAUCGAAGUUCGAGACCUGCCCGACUGUGCUCGGCUACUACACGGCGAAGGUGGCCCGGCAGAGGCGCUCGGCCGUGCAGGUGUACGACUACUACGACCCGACGAGGAUGGCGCGCCAGUUCUACCUGCCGAUCCAGGCGACCCUCUGCGACAUCUGCGAGGGCGACGAGUGCGACGCGGAGCGCUGCAAGGAGGCCGACUCGCUGCCCGGCGUGGGCCCGGAGCCGGACGACGCAGCCGACGGCAGGAAGUGCGUUGAGAAGAGACUGUGA